AUGCUGAAGAUUAUAAAGAAGCGACAGUUGUUUGGAAUGAGAGUGACAAAAGUUGACUCACAAAGUCACAAGAGAGAAAAUUUAUUAGAAUUCAGUGCUGCGGAUUGGUUCAAUUCCGAAGGAAUAUCUGACGAUGUUUUCGUUCUGCUGAAGGGGCACACGAAAUUAGAUGGAUUUGAGCAAAUAUUGAAAAUCCUUUCGGCGCAGAUCAUGAAAGGAGAGAGAUUUAUGAGGCAAUUUCAGUUAAUGUCUAAGUAG